CUCGCCGAAGAAGAAGAAGAGGACGAAGAAGAAGAAGAAGAGGACGAAGAAGAAGAAGAAGAAGAAGAGGCGCUGCUAGUCGGGCAUGGAUGCCGGUUACACACCCGGUCCUCCUCCUGACCACACCGCUUAUCUUUGGCCUCCCGCUGUUUAUGACGAUCAAGCCUUCGGACACCCCGCACAGUCUGCGGGCGGACCCGGCCCGCGGGGCGCCCCCUACGCUUUCAGCCACUCCGUUCCGUACGCCUCUGCUCCGGGACCCUUCUCAGGAAACCCGUACUGCAGCGCGGGCGCACUCCAGGCUUUCUCCGGCCCGUUCUCCUCCGGUCCUGCGAGCUACGGCCCCGGAUCAGUGAGCGAUGCGUGGCUCCAGCUGGGAGACCGGCCCCCGGGAGACACAGAGGACGAGAGGGCUGCGCAGAGGCUGCAGGACACCCGGUGGCUUCGGCGGUUUUCCCGGAGCCGGCCGCCCCACAGCUCACGACGGAGACCCCACAGAUCCAUCCCCGCCUUCCGGGAGGCCCUGCACCAAACAGCCCGCCUCGUCCGCCAGCUGGACGGGUGCUGCGACACGCUGAAGCGCCGUCCGCCCAGCGGCGGACAGCGGGACGAGGCGUCCGGCCUGGCGGUCCUUCUCCUGAGGCAGCUGCGGGACCGCGCUCCGGGCCUGCGGGCCUCGGCGGGCGCCGCGGGUCGGAGGAGGACGCUGCGCCUCAGAGCCCGCACGCAGCGCCUCCUGCGGCGGAGGCAGGCGGAGGAGCGCCGCUCGGAGAGGGAGGCCGCCAUCAGUGCGUGGAGGAUGAAGAGAAUCCACGAGGUGGAGGAGAAGAAGAAGGAGAAAGAGCUGAAGCUGGCUGCUGACGCCGUCCUGUGUGAAGUGAGGAAGAAGCAGGCGGAUCUGAAGAGAAUGCAGGAUGUGCUAAGAUCGCUACAGAAGCUCCGCAGCUUGAGGAAGGAGGCGGCGUUUCGGAGAGGGAUCAGCACGGAGCAGCAGUGUGACGGACAGUUCAGCAUCCGACUGGAGGAGCUGAAGAGCACCAUGAAGAGGCGGGCGGUGCUGUACUCUGCAGAGGAGAAGGCUCUGAUGGUGAUGCUGGAAGGAGAGCAGGAGGGAGAGCGGCAAAGAGAGCGAGACAGACGAGUCAGAAAGGAGACGGAGCAGCAGCUCCAGAGGAGACGCUCUGCUCAGUGCAUCCUGUUCGGAGAGGAGCAUCCUGCGGACCUCAUACUGCAGCCUUUCACCGAGUACCACACGCAGGCCCAGCACUCUCUGCAUGCUCUUAUACAAAUCAGGAGUGGGAUGUUUUCCUGGUUGCUUCAGAUCAUCCCAACGGCUCCACGGUUCCUGGAGGCUGGAUCUUUCCAGAGCCUCCGUCAGACGAGGCCUGGGCCUCCGCCCUGCAGCCUGCUCAGUCUGGCCGUCCGCCUGAAGAGUGUGUGUCACACUGCAACUAACGCCUCUCAGCUCCGGUCCUCCCUGUGUCGACAUCUUUUUUUUUUUUUUUUUUACAAUAAAUGUUUUUUGUUAAGAAGAAAUAAGAGUAACAAUGUGUUUGUAUGGACUGGUUUCCUCGUGUGUGUGAUUAUUAUUCUCAGUUGGAUAAAUAGGUGUAGUCUCUCACUCUAUAGACGUGUAGCCUCUCUCUCGGUGCAUGCUGGGAGUGGGAGGUGUUGGAGAGGCUGCAGAGUGGCUGUGAGAGUCUGACCAGACAAAGUGAGUUUUUGAGACUUUUUCUCACCUGUUCCAGGAGCUUCCAGCCCUCCUGCAGCUCAGGGAGCUGUGUGGACUGAGGCUUGGCUUCUGGGAGCUUUCAAGCUUUUAAAAACCACCCGCAAAUCAGCUGUUUUUGCGGGUACCCGACCCAGUGCAGGACUCUGGCCCAUGGAUGGACCCUUGUGGCACGCCGCACGGCAGAGGAGCUGAGGAGGACACAAAAUCACCAAUUUUGAUGCAAAAACUUCUGUCUUUCAAGUAGGAGCGAAACCACUCUAAAGCAGGUCCCUGAAUCCCAACCAGAUUUUCAAGGCGGGACAGGAGGAUUUCAUGAUCCACUGUAUCGAACGCUGCAGUC